UAUUAUAAAAUUUUGAGUAGCCCAUAAGAAAUUCCUAUAUAUAUAAUAAUAUUGAUGUGUAGUGGAUAAGCCUACUCACUAGACCACCAACAAAUAUCUUAAUACCAAAUAAAUUAACAUAUAGUUGUGUUCAAGUUAAAGAGUUUGAGCUUUUGUUUUGCAUGAAAAAGAGUUAAACUUUGAUUGAUCAUACUAACACACAUAAAAAUGUACAUGUAAUAUUUGUUAAAAAAAAUGUAUAUGUGAUUUAAUUUACCAAAGUCAAAACUUUGAGUUUUCAUAACAAGAAGUAGAAGAUGACGAUGAAUAUUAUGGCUAGUUUUUCUACUAAUAAAACUGUUUGUCAAAUAAAAACUCUUGAAAGUUUCUUUUUUUUUGAUGAACAAAACAAAACUCUUCAAAGUUGACAUUUUUAUAUUUCGUGGGGUAGUGUCAAAUGUAACAUGGAAUCACUUCAAAAAUUAUUAAAAUAAUUCAUCCAUUUCCAGCUGCCCAAAUCAAUCCAAAUACAAACGAUUCCUCUGAUUAUCCACGUUCUCUUCCGAUCCCUUUUAAUACUUUUAACGUAAGAUUCAAUUAUUGUUUCCUUCUUCUUCUUUUAAUAACGUCAGAUUUAUUUGCGGAGGACUCAAAAUUUUCAACACUGUAUGAUCCAUGGCGUCUCUAAGCUUCACUCAUGUCAAAUUCAAAAACCCAGUUGCUGAUUUCGCCAGAACUCGUCCAAAAACUGGUUUGGCCUGCUCAAAUAGAGUUGGGUUUAGAGUUUUUGCUUCUGAGACCCAGAAAGAGCCUGAUCUUAGUGUGACUGUAAAUGGGUUGCAUAUGCCUAAUCCGUUUGUUAUCGGGUCGGGUCCACCCGGGACUAACUACACCGUCAUGAAGAGGGCCUUUGAUGAAGGAUGGGGUGCAGUGAUUGCUAAGACUGUGUCACUAGAUGCAGCAAAAGUUAUAAAUGUCACUCCUCGCUAUGCUCGAUUACGAGCUGGUGCAAAUGGCUCUACCAAGGGACAAAUUAUUGGAUGGCAGAACAUUGAAUUGAUUAGUGAUCGGCCCUUGGAAACAAUGUUAAAGGAAUUCAAGCAGCUAAAGGAGGAAUAUCCAGAUAGAAUUCUAAUUGCUUCAAUUAUGGAGGAAUAUAAUAAAGCUGCGUGGGAGGAACUUAUUGAUCGAGUGGAGCAAACUGGAGUUGAUGCCUUUGAAAUCAACUUUUCGUGCCCUCAUGGUAUGCCCGAGCGCAAAAUGGGGGCUGCAGUCGGUCAAGAUUGUGCGCUAUUGGAAGAGGUUUGUGGUUGGAUUAACGCAAAAGCUACAAUUCCUGUUUGGGCAAAGAUGACUCCUAACAUCACAGAUAUUACAGAGCCGGCGAGAAUUUCUCUGCGCUCUGGAUGUGAAGGCGUAGCAGCAAUCAACACAAUCAUGAGUGUAAUGGGAAUCAAUCUUGAUAGCUUACGUCCCGAACCAUGUGUUGAGGGGUACUCAACUCCCGGGGGAUAUUCUUCCAAAGCAGUACACCCUAUUGCGCUUGCAAAAGUGAUGAACAUUGCAAAAAUGAUGAAGGCAGAAUUCGGUGACAAAGAUUACUCUCUUUCCGGUAUUGGUGGUGUUGAGACCGGUGGUGAUGCUGCUGAAUUUAUUCUUCUUGGAGCAAAUUCUGUUCAGGUCUGUACCGGGGUUAUGAUGCAUGGAUAUGGCCUUGUGAAGAAACUUUGUGACGAGCUGAAAGACUUCAUGAGAAAGCACAAUUUCUCAUCGAUCGAAGAUUUUAGAGGGGCUUCACUUCCAUACUUUACUACUCACACCGAUUUGGUAAAGAGGCAGCAAGAGGCGAUCAAGCAGAGAAAGGCCAUUAAGAAAGGGCUGCAGUCUGAUAAAGAUUGGACUGGAGAUGGCUUUGUGAAAGAGACUGAGAGUAUGGUCUCUAACUGAAUAACAAAACCAUUGGAAACUUUCUUUGAACUUGCUUUCAAAAUUUAUUUUCAAGUUUGACAAAGGAACUCCAUUAUGUGGAUAUUCAGCUAAUAAUGCUUCUUUCUUACAUUUCAUAAUCUUUUUAUACAAGUCAAGCAAACUAGUGCCAAUGCCAAUCUUUUAGAAAUACAAAAUGUUCCAAUGAAAUAUUAUAUGUGGAAAAA